AUGCACUACUUCUUCUUAGAAAAGCAGAGCUCUCUUACGCAGCGGUGGCAAGUGCGGCAGGUGGCCUUUGACAGCAAGUACCGGUACCUCUACUACACAAAGUCGCUAAGUCGUGUGGAUAUUGAGGAGGUCAUGACCCGCAGCCAUGAAGGCGACCACACUUUCGCAGUGUCUCCCAACGCCUCCAGUGGCACUUCCAGUCGAAAAGUAAAGUGGAGCGGAAAGGUCAAAGUGACGCAGCUGCGCUACGCGGCUGAUGAAUACAUUGUUGCACCUGGCAGCAGCGACUUUGACGAGCGCAUCUUGCUCACCCUCGUCGUGGUCGGCUACGAGCGGCCCUUGCAGAGUCACCGUUACCGUGGCAAGAUGGCGAGCUCCGGUAGCCGCAGCAUCGGUGGAACGUCCGAGAAGAGCUUUUCCUUGUGGAGCUCCGCCUCGCGGCGCCGCAGCACGUCUCACCUCAGCUCUGUACGUCUCGGAGACAGUGACGGUGAUACCGAUGAGGAUGACGCGUUGAAGACCAUGGGUGUGAACCAGCCACUGCUACCGAGUGCUGAGCAUGAGGUGCCGGAACCCGAGCCACCGUCAGGAUUCCUGCACAUGCCGAGCUACCCGGUGAACGAGUCUCUCGACGACGGCUUCGAGGACGAGGAGGAGAACUUGUUCCGGGACAUCGACCUCGUGCCGGACGACGAAGACGAUGAGGAGACGUCAGUGACGGCCUCAGAGGCGGAGACGGAGGAAGGAAGCGACGACUGCGACGUGGAUGACGGCAAUGACGUGGCGCUCAACUCACCCCCAUCAACACCGACAGGCAGCACGCGGAGUGGCUACAGCUUCUUCAGUCGGCGCCAACGAAAUCCAGCAGGCGGUGGUAACACAAAGGACGAAAAGAUGGUGCAGCUGCAGUUUCGCGCAGCCAACUACGAGGUAUUCCGCAUCGUCAGCCUGCGCGUUCGUCAGGCGUUGGUGCGCCACGGUCUGUGCGGCCCACUGCACGCAGGGCUUCCACCCUACGACCCCCGCAACGGUAUUGCACUUGCAACGGUCCCCCUGCACCUGCGCCACGCCUUCCGGCGUCUCAACGACGUUGUCUUCUACUCUCUCCAGAUUGGUCACGUCGUCUACGUGCGGCAGCAGCGUGAGGUACGCGGGAUGGAGGGCUAUCUGUGUAUUACACACGACUCCAUCCUGCUGCUGCAGCUGGACGGCAAGUGUCCUCGCUGGUUGGACCUGGAGGACAUCGUCGGCGUGCAGUACGUGCUGCGCAGCAACCACUCCUUUAUCUCGAUCCGGGCCGCGGAGCCGUACCCUGACUUCGUGUUCAUCCCUAUUAUCCCGAGCUACCCACCCAACUCUACCUUCAACUCGGAGGAAUGUGUAGAGGGCAUUGUGAGCAUGGUGCGGCGCCUUCUCAUGCAACGCCUGCGUGCUGGUGAGGUGGUGGCGCUGGCCCCAGUCUCCAGCCACAGUCUCUCUGUUCAAACCGCCGAGGACAUUGACGAGUAUGAUGCCCUCUGCCAUAUCAGCGACUUGUCGAACACGUACACGGACGUGUUCAAGUAUAUUGCGCAGGAGCAGAGCACUGGUGCCGUUCCGCUGCGCUGGCGCUGGGGUAACUCCAAGACCCCGAGCCACUUUACUUUCAAGCGGGACCUCUACCACGCUUUGGAGCGCGAGGAUGGAGAGGACAGUGAGGACGAUGACGAGGCCGCCCUUAGCCGCUCGCAGCGCCGCCCGUUUGUAGGCUCCACCUCCGCGUCGCAUGUGCACAUGGUAGAGUCGCUGGUGCCGUCGCGGCAGCAGCAGCACCUGAGCACCGGUGGGGGUGUUCUUGUCGCUCCUGUCGCUGUUCCGGAGAAUCACGGCGCCAUCUAUGUGCGCACGGCGGCGCCCGAUACCCCGUUUAACGCAUGCUCCUGUGCUGCCCCGCAGCCGUUGCGCUCAGCCCUACCGCGAGAGGACUUGUGCUCCAAUGCGAGCUUCAUGCCAGCCACCAUGACGCAGCUGAUGGCACCGCCGUCCCGUGUCGCAGAGCUGCGGGCGAAGAAGAAACUGCUCGUUACCCGCACAGAUCGCCGUAGUGCCAGCGCAGCGGAGGCCGCAGUGCAUGCCUCUGGAGGCCAUCUGGCUCCUCAGGCAGCAGGCAUCACUGCAGAAACGAGUCUAGGGCGGUCACCAGAAGCAGCAGCGGCUCCACAGAGCACCCCCGCUGCAGCGUCGGUUGUCAGCGCGCCUCCAAAAGGUGCUACUCUGCCGACGCUUCCGCCACGCUCCAGCACGAGCAGCCGGGCAUCCGCCAUCGGCGAGUCACUGGCGUCGCCAUGUCCUGCGUCCCAAAGCGAUGCUCAAAGUGCGUCGCCCAUGCCUGUGCUCACGCGCUCCGCCUCCUCCAAGCCGAACACUUACGGUCUGAUCCCCUCUCAGCAUCACCCAGACCCUGCGACUCUUGACUUCUGGUUCUCGAUGGCGGCGCCGCCUGUUGCACCGGUCGUCACCGCGCAGAAGGGGCUUCACCUGAGCGACAUCCACUCAUCCAUCCAGCAUGGACAGCUGUCCCCGCACCAGCAGUUGGAGACCCCGUCGACUGACACGGCGUCUGGGGAGCAGGAGCGUCUUGGUGUGGUGCCACCAGUCAUUCAGCGCGGCACGUCUGCCGCACCGGCGGCUUCGACAGUGAAGAUGACUGAUGGCGCUUCUAGAAGCGUCGGCAGCCACCUCACGUUAGCAACAGCAUCAGUUGGCGCCACCCCUGCCUCAUACUCCUUCACUUCCUCACCGAUCGGCGGCGGUCGCCUUUACGGCUUCACGCAGCGGGCGCAGUCGCCGUCUGCGGGCCACGGUGACACCGCCACGAACCGCAGCUGCUCCCCGAAGGAGGUAUCACACACGGCUGAGAACAUGUCCAACAACAGGGCGAGCAACGAAGAUGAGGAGAGCGAUGAGGACUUUGACAGCGAGGAUAUGGAGGACAUGCUGCAGCGUCCCGAGUCUCGCGCACCCCCCGCUGCAGCCGGGACUACAGCACCCGCCGCUGCGGCGGCUUCAGGUGCGGCAGGCGGGGCCUCCUCGGGAGUCGCCAGUUCCACGGCUGCUGCCGACAGGAAGGACGGUGUGGUAAUGAGAACCGACGGUGCGGCAUUUGUGCCCGUUGACGGCGGUGUUGUGACGCAGGUGGUGUUGACGGCGGAGAUGCUCCCCGGGUACGGCGGGGAUCGAGACGAGGAUCAACGAAGUGACGCUGCGUCUGCACCCUCCCCAUGUCUGCAGGCCCUGCCUGAGAUGGCGGCCUUCAUCCCCCCAGCUGCCUUACAUCGCUGA